AUGUCACCGGCCGGUCAGACCCUGCAUCCGUUCCCGUGCGGAGCAAACGCUCCCCCCAGGAGGCGGAAGAGGGACUGGGUGAUCCCCCCCAUCAAGGUUCCCGAAAAUGAGCGGGGCCCCUUCCCCAAAAAGCUGGUUCAGAUCAAAUCCAACCGAGACAGAGACACCAAGAUCUUCUACAGCAUCACAGGGCAGGGGGCAGAUGCCCCCCCUGAGGGCAUCUUCACCAUCGAGAAGGAGUCGGGCUGGAUGAAGGUGACACAGCCGCUGGACCGAGAGCGCAUCGACAAGUACCAUCUCCUCUCCCACGCGGUGUCGGAGAACGGCAAACCGGUGGAGGAGCCGAUGGAGAUCAUUGUCACUGUGACAGACCAGAAUGACAACAAGCCCCAGUUCACACAGGACGUCUUCAGGGGCUCCGUGCCCGAGGGUGCUUUGCCAGGCACCUCCGUGAUGCAGGUGACCGCCACGGAUGUGGAUGAUGCAGUGGAGACCUACAACGGCGUCAUCGCCUACUCCAUCCUUAGCCAGGAGCCACGGGAGCCCCAUCCCCACAUGUUCACUGUCAACAGGGCCACCGGCGCCCUCAGCGUCAUCGCCAGCGGCCUGGACCGGGAGCGCGUGCGGGAGUACACGCUGACAGUGCAGGCAGCUGAUCUGGAUGGCGAGGGCUGGACCACGCCGGCACUGGCCGUGAUCGAGAUCGCGGAUAUCAAUGACAACGCCCCCGAGUUUGACCCCAAAAUGUACGAGGCGUCUGUGCCGGAGAAUGAAGCUGGACGGGAGGUGGCCCGGCUGGUUGCCACCGACCUGGACGAGCCAAGCACGCCGGCAUGGCGAGCUGUCUACUCCAUCUUGCGUGGCAAUGAGGGAGGUGCCUUCACCAUCACCACAGACCCUGCCAGCAAUGAGGGUGUCCUCCGUACUGCCAAGGGUCUGGACUACGAGGCCAAGAAGCAGUUCAUGCUCCACGUGGCUGUGACCAACGAGGCCCCCUUCACCGUGAAGCUGCCAACAGCCACUGCCGUGGUGAUCGUCAUUGUGGAGGAUGUCAAUGAGGCACCUGUUUUUGACCCGCCAGUGCAGCUUGCCCAGGUGUCUGAGGAUGUGCCACCGGGGCAGACCCUCACCUCCUACACAGCCCAGGACCCCGACAAGGCACAGGGGCAGAGGAUCAAGUAUCUGGUGGGGCACGACCCGGCAGGCUGGCUGGUUGUGCACCCUGAGAACGGCCUGGUGAGUGCACGGGAUCACCUGGACCGUGAGUCCCCAUUCGUCAAGAACAGCACCUACAGCGCCAUGCUGCUGGCCAUGGAUGAUGGCUCGCCACCCGCCACAGGCACUGGCACCCUGCUCCUCACCCUGCUCGACGUCAACGACCACGGCCCUGAGGCCGAACCCCGGGACAUCACUGUCUGCAACCACAACCCCCAGCCCCAGGUCCUCACCAUCACCGACCGGGACCUGCCCCCCAACACCGGCCCCUUCCGUGCCGAGCUCAGCCAGGGCUCAGGGGACAGCUGGGCUGUGGAGGUUGGCGACCAAGAUGACACCGUCACCCUGCGGCUGGUGGCACCGCUGGAGCCGGACCUGUACAGUGUCUACCUGCGGCUCUUUGACCAGCCAGGCAAAGCCCAGCUCACUGCCAUCACUGCGCGGGUCUGCGCCUGCGAGGGGCCCGGGCAGAGCCUGAGCUUUGUGGAGUGCGGCGAGCAGCGCCGUGCCGUGUACCUGUCGGACGACACGCGCUUCAAGGUGAGCAGGGACGGUGUCGUCUCUGCCACCCGACCCCUGCAGCUCCAGCACAGGGAGAUCAGCUUCACUGUCCACACCUGGGACACCACCGGCAAGAAGCACUUGGCCAGGGUGACACUGCAUAGGCGGAAACACCACCGUCACCACCACCACCAUCAACAACAGGAUGUGACACCUGAGCUGCUGAUCUUCCCCAAGCCCAGCCAUGGCCUCCAGCGGCAGAAGAGGGACUGGGUCAUCCCCCCCAUCAACUGUCCUGAGAACGAGCGGGGGCCCUUCCCCAAGAAGCUGGUGCAGAUCAAAUCCAACAAGGACAAGGAGACCAAGGUUUUCUACAGCAUCACAGGGCAGGGGGCAGACACCCCCCCUGUGGGCAUCUUCACCAUCGAGCGGGAGACAGGGUGGCUGGAGGAGACGAAGCCGCUGGACCGAGAGGAGAAAGAUAAAUAUGUUCUCUUCUCCCACGCCGUGUCAGCCAACGGGCAGCCCGUGGAGGACCCCAUGGAGAUCAUCAUCACUGUGACGGACCAGAAUGACAACCGGCCCGUGUUCACCAAGCAAGUCUUCAUUGGCUACAUCGAGGAGAACGCCAAGCCAGGCACGUCCGUGAUGACGGUGAACGCCACGGACGCAGAUGACGCGAUCAACGUGAACAACGGCAUCAUUGGCUACUCCAUCCUGAGCGAGGAGCCCAAGAGUGCCCAGCAGAUGUUCACCAUCGACCCUGAGAAGGGCAUCAUCAGUGUCAUUGGCACCGGGCUGGACCGGGAGACCACUCCCAACUACACGCUGAUCAUCCAGGCCGCGGACCAGGAGGGCACUGGCCUGACCAACACCGCCACCAUGAAGUAA